UUUCGCCUUACUGUCUUUCCUAACCUUUCGCUACGGUACCUUGAUUUUGACAAUUUCCUCAUCAACAGUGAUUUUCGUUACCACUAUGAUAGCAUCGAUAUGAGACUUGUUGUCAGUCUUCUCAUAUCCUUACUGAGAAGUCGAAAAGAUUUUUCUUUAAAAGCCAUCUUCGACAUUGAAAUGUGCAUUAUCCAAGUUCAGUGUUAAUUUUUUUCGUUUAAAAAUCUUUUAUAAUUUGCUUAGCCUCGGGCAAACGCAUCGUCCGCACUAUGUGAACGACGAUCGUGCUUGUGAAAAUGAUCCCAUCUCAUACUGUGUUGGAAUAUGUGAUCUGCUGUUGUGGCAUCCUGAUCGUCCUCAUCUCGCCCUUUCUUGCAGCCCAGAAACCCCCGCCGCCUUUCCCCCUGGUACCGCCUCCCGUGGGCGCCGGUCCCCAUGGACCACCGCUUCCUCUCCGACCUCCGCAACCGGCCGUAUUGGGCACGGGAUGCGGGUAUCCCGGUUCACUGACCAGCAGCAAGGUCUUCCUCAAAGCCCCGCCCACCGUGCCGGCCAACGGGGCCAUCCAUUUCCCCAUCCCGGUGGGCACCACGGCGGUGUACUCCUGUGAGCCGCCGUAUAUUACGCUGGGCGAGACGCGGCGGACAUGCCGGCCGGAUGCCACCUGGAGCGGGACGGUGCCGUUCUGUGGUCUCAACGUGGCUAUGCAUAAACCAUUAGUAUUUCCGAAUUUGCGGAAUAUUUGGCUCACAAACGAUGGCAUAAUAUCAACGCGCGCCCGCGACUGUUUUUCCCACGAUCUGCAACGCGGUGAGAAGCUGUCGUGGAAAAUGGAUUUAACGGAGAAGUUCGACGUGCACAGCAUCCGCAUACUCGCACUCGCGGACUCGCCGUGGUCGGCUAACGUGACCCUAUUCAGUGAUCCGCUGACCAAUGUGACAUGUGGAAGGAUCGAUUACAGCGGAUUAGAUCAGACUGCCGCGGUAUCCAUUCCCUGUGCAUCCAUUGUUUCCGGUGUCCGCUACGUGCAGAUUGAUUUCUCCUUGCUGGACGCUGGUCGUCUGCGCGUGUGCGAAGUCAACGUCUUGGCUGUCGAUGCGCUCACUUCCGAUUUCUGUCCGCAUGAAGCAUCGGCCAAAGCCGUCAAUCAGGGCGCCUGUCUCAGUUUCCACAGUCAUGGCCGGGCCACUUGGGGCGGAGCGUUGCAAACAUGCCGGAGAUUGGGAGGAACUCUAAUCCAGGACAUCGACGAAGACGCGCAAAAGUUUCUUCAAGCCAAACUGCAGUAUCUGCACCGGUUUCAGGCAACCGAUGCAUUUUAUUGGCUUGGGUUAUUUCGGUCCGUUAAUAUGUCCACGAUGGAGGAUACGUGGCAGUGGAUCGAUGGGUCCACUCCGAAAUCGUAUUUCUGGGCACCCAACCAGCCGGAUCACGUGUCGAAGCGGCAGUACUGCGGCGGCAUGUCCGGUCGGACAUCUUGGCUGUGGAAUGAUCUCAACUGUGAAUCUGGUCAAGGCUUCUGGAUCUGCCGUACAAAUUUUACAUCCUGCCCCAUUCCCGAGCAGCCCUCCAACGGCAUUAUCACCCUGCUGGACCGGCGUCUUGGCGGCUUUGUGCACUACAAAUGCGAGGAAGGCUUCGAGAUGUUGGGCAUGGGUACGCGCAGCUGUCUGUCAAGUGGCGCCUGGAGUGGGACACUUCCGCACUGCACAACCGCCACUCAACCGGCCGUCGAAAGCCGCACAACAGCCGCAACGAGGCUAACGCCCCCCACUGUCAUCCUUCCGAGCGAAACGCCGCCACCAACCACGACGUCAUCGAGCGAAACAUCUACAACAACCACGCCGUUACGGAGCGAAUCACCACCAACAACGACGUCACCGCACACGCCGGUAACGCAAUUCCUCAGCACAUUUGCCGAGAACGCGGGAACCACCACACAAACCGCAACAACCACGGAAUCGCCGUAUACGGUGGAGAUCUCCACGGAGCUGGAUUAUUUCAUGAGUGAUUUAUCGAAUAGUGAUCAUGAUAUGUAUAAUACGACCGUCGCGGUGCCGGCGAGAACGGAGUAUUCUUUUGACACGCUGAGCAAUGUCACAUUCAACGAAACAGAUUCCGCUGAAUUUGUUCCGUUAGCUGUCGAAGUGAUGGAGCCAUUAGCAACAACAAACGCUCCGAUUUCCACGACUUCGGUGCUUGUUCAUCACAUCUUGAUUCCGACCGAAUCUCCGUCGACAUCGCCGAAAUCCUUGCCGCUUCUGGAUACUUUAGCCAUGUUUCGCUGCCGUAACAUCCCGAUUGUAUUUAACGCUCAGUCCACAACGGAAGUCAUGGGUUUGACUGUGGUGGCGCGGUACACCUGCAAUCAGGGAUACAAUUUGGUGGGGCUCCCGUUUUUAAUGUGUAGCGAUGGAUCGUGGAGGGGUGUGAUGCCCUUGUGUGUUCCUGGAUAUGCAAACGAAGCGGAUAAAACGACAGCCACAACAACAGCAUCCACGUCCACACUUUCGACUGUUCCCGCAACCAUUCCGCUGCCUACCGAAGCGGUACAGACAACGACGCGCCAAAUACAAACCUCCACGCCGGAAGUUAUAAAAAGCACCGAACGAACGAUUGCGUCCACUGCGGCGAUGAAAGUACUGGCCAGCACCAUGCCAUCUACAAUAUCCACAAGUGUUCCAAAGGAAGCGGCUAGUACUACGGUUCAGAGCGCUUCUAGUACGGAAUCUACGAGGAGUAGUGCGAAUACGACCAGGACAACGAAGAAAGCGCCUUGGAGCGUUUUCGGGACGACCUCAUCCGUGAAAAGCAGUUGUGGUGCGCUGCCGACGGUGGCAAAUGCGGAAUCAUUGUUGCAUCGGAAUGCCGGAAUUUAUCGGUGUCUGCCGGGGUAUACUAUGGUCGGGGAGAAUGUCACGCACUGCAUGGAAAACGGUGAAUGGGAGGCGCCACCGGAAUGCAUUGCUGUGGAUUGUGGCCUGCCGGAGAAACUGAAAAACGGAGUGGCUAUUUUAUUAAACGGAACCAGUCGGCUGGGAAGCGUGGCGGCAUACAGCUGCAGCGACGCCAGUCCAUCGCAAGCACCGUAUUUGCGAGUAUGUGGGGAGGAAGGUCAGUGGGAGGGCGAUGUUCCCCAGUGUGCCGCUGACGGUCCGGUUGUUCUCCCCGCGGAAAGUCGACAGCUAGUGCAACAAGGCAUGAGUAACUGGAUGAUCGUCGUCAUCGGAGUUGUGGGAACCGUGGGCGGCGUGCUGGUUGUACUGGGAGCGGUGUUUACGUGCCGAUGGCUGACGAGGAAGCGAGAAAGCGUGCCGGUUGCGAUUUCUCCCACUUUGUACUCUCUGCACAGCGGCAACAGUCCGCAUAAUCUGAUGACGGAACGCUCCUCGGCACGGUUGUUCGACCGGGCGCAGUAUAUGCCGUCCAGCGGCAGUCUGCACUCGGUCUACGAAUCCAAUCAUUCCAUUUCCGAUGCGUCCACGCAGACCGGACGUCGCCUCAACAACACCACUGGCAACAAUUCCAAUUCUAUGUGAAGGAUUUUGUAAUUUAAAGUUUUACUGUAUGGAUUUGUUGGUCGUUGUACCAGUCACAUCAUGAUGGUUUUUUGCACCGGUUUUGAAAUGCACACUAUUGAUUAAAGUUUAUGUGUUUUACGUUGAUUCCUAUA